GUAGCAAUAUCUUGUUUUCCUUGGAAUGCUGCCAAUUAACCCUACUUCCAUUGUCACCCCUCUCAAGUUCUCCAUUGUCACAUUCUCAUUUCCUCAUUCGAACACCAUCUCUAUUCGUUGCAACGCCGCCUCUGAUCCAUCCUCCUCCUCCUCCUCUUUCAACUUCGUCGGUGCUGCUGAUGCCGCUUCCGCCGGCAGAAUUUCCAAAAAAUCUCUAGGCACUUCUCCGGUGGAGAAGCGAACGGCGAGUAACACCAAAAAUACGAAAAUUAAUGCCUGGGAAAAGCCUUGGUCGCGCAACCGAGAAAGCUACUUGGCCGAUGAUAGUGAACCUCUUCCUCUUCCCAUGACUUAUCCUGACACUUCUCCUGUUUCGCCCGACGAAAUUGACCGUCGCCUUCACUGUGAUCCCCAAAUACAGGAUUGCAAGGAAGUCGUCUAUGAGUGGACUGGGAAAUGUCGGAGUUGCCAAGGAACGGGAUUUGUAAGUUACUACAACAAACGAGGGAAGGAGACCAUCUGUAAAUGCAUACCUUGCCUUGGAAUCGGUUAUGUGCAGAAGAUUACAGCACGCAAGGAUAUCGAUGUUAUGGAGGACUUAGAUAAUGGAAAACCACCUUGACAGAAGUUAAAUAUCUAAUGCACUUUUUUGUCUUACAUUAGCAGACAUUGAUGAUA